CUCCCUGUUGAUCCAGAAACGGUUUCACACAAUGAACCAGAGCAGAGCCCAGAGAGCAUCAUGGGAAGGGCUGAGAUAAGCGGAAGCGUCACUACAGAGUGUUGUGAAAGUCUCCUGACAGGAGCUCAUUACAGCCGCGAUGGAUCUGAAGGAGAAAACUGUCGUGUCAUUAAAGAAAUACGACAGCGGCGACGAGUUUCCUCGUUUACCGGCAGCUCUUCCUCAGGCGUCGGUGCUCAUCCCGCUGCUGCUGAGAGACGGACAGCUGCGGCUCUUACUGACCGUCCGCUCCAUUCACCUGAAGCAGCACGCAGGUGAAGUGUGUUUCCCUGGAGGAAAGGCUGAGUCCGGUGACAGAGAUCAAGUGCACACCGCUCUGAGAGAGACCGAGGAGGAGAUCGGCCUUCCUCCUGACAGAGUGCAGGUCAUCUGCAAACUCUUCCCCAUCUUAAACAAGACUGGUCUUCUGAUCACUCCGGUUGUGGCUUUCAUCGAGGACUCCUUCAAAGCCAGUCCAAACACAGACGAGGUGAGCGAGGUGUUCACUCUUCCUCUGGAGUUUUUCACUAAAGAGGCGGAUCACUCCGGCUAUCCUGUGCCCAGCGUCUUCGGACCGACCCAUAGUUUCAUGUACACUGACCCCAGCACAGGCAACAUCCAUCAGAUCUGGGGUCUGACCGCUGCUCUGGCCGUAACCGUCGCUGUGCUGGCCCUCGGAAAGCAGCCUGAGUUUGAGGUCGGCUUUAACUUGGAAAAUCCAGUUUCUGGGUUUAAAGACAUGCUGAAUCGCAGAUUAAGCAAAUUAUGAAAGACGUUUCAGAUUCAGUGUUAUUGAGCAUACAAGGGGAAAUUAUUUACUGUGAUUCAACUGUAACGUUACUAGAAAGUCAGUUUGGAAAUUCUUCAUGUAAAUAAUUUUUAUAAUUAACAAUGAGGAUGUCAUUUGUCUUUUCUGUUAGGAAUUAUUACAACAGCAUUACACAGAUGUUCAGACGUCAUUACAGUAUAAAUAUAACUCUUAGAGAAAUGUGCCUAGAUGAAUUUGUAAAUAAAUUGUUAUUCAUCAAGAGAAGAUAAAGGAAGAAAAUUAGAAUUAGUAAAGUACUGAAACUGCACUAAAGUAUAC